AUGUCCACCGUGACCUCCCUCGAACGGAGUCUUUCACGGUCCUCCCACAACUCCAUGUCCAGUCCACGACUCUCGGCUCCGCCUGAGGCCACACCGCCCGAUCUCUCUCUCAACUUGCUCCAUGAUCGGAUCAACCAGCUGGAUUCGCGGGUCUUUGAACUACGAACUACCGUCCUGACUAAAGAUGGUUAUACCGACCGCCGCAACCGCGAAGACCAACAUAUACGCCAGGAGUUUAACAACCAUGAUGCUAUCUCUCAGCGCAUUGAUUUGAAUGUUGCCGCUCUGCGCACAGAUGUCGACUUUCUUAAAGCCGACGUCAAGACCGAUUCGAACCAAAUUAAAAGCGACGUCAACUAUUUGAAGACUGAAUCAAAUCAUAUCAGAACCGACGUCGGCCAUCUCAAAACUCAUGUGAAUCAUCUGAAAACAGAGUCGAAUCAUAUUAAAAGGGAUGUCAACCAUCUCAAAACGGACGUCAACCAUUUGAAGACUGAAUCGAACCAAAUUCAAAGCGAUAUCAACUAUUUGAAAACCGAGUCGAACUAUAUCAAAACCGAUGUCAACCACCUUCAAUCUGACGUUCAGCAUCUCAAAACCUCCGUCUUUCAACUCGAACGCAAAGUCGAUCAUCUCCAGACAGAUAUUGGCGAGAUAAAGAACCGUUUGAGGUAUGAGGGACGCAAGCACUGGAACUCCAUUUCCAAUACGGCUACCGCCAACAUCGCGAUAAUCCCAUAUAUUAGCGAGGACGGUGUCGUAGAAUGGCCCAAUUGGUUUCCAAAGACCGUGUGGCGGUUUUGGCGCCUGAAACAGCCAAGUCGAGUGCACCGACUCGUUGAACUCGCUGAGUUUUAUCAACUGGGCGGUUAUGAAGAUUGGACACGAAUACAGUCCGAUCACAUGAUGUUCGAUGUCAACAGUGACAGCGAUUCCAGCGAUGAGGAGACCCGGCUUAGUUUGACUCGCGAGGAAGCAGUCCGCCAAUAUCCCGAAGCAGCUCUUCAGGCACUAGCCGCAAAACUGGGACUAGUUUAUUCCAGUAUUCGCAACGAGAUGGGAGAGGGUCCAAAUAUGCGGAUCCAUCGUCCUUCCAAGCGUCAACAAGAGGACAUCUCUGCCGCCGGCUCCAGACGUCAAACCAAGCCGGGGAAGAUGCCCCGCGUCUCUCCACCCCGCCGUCAGGACGUAGACCCCAAUGACCCUCUAUAUCGUUUAAUCACUGAGGGUUUUCCGGAGCAGUCCUCAACAAAGUCGCCUGUAUCCGAGGGUGAUGAGUUGGGUUGGGAUGCUUUUCCAGAUGUCUCUGAAAGCGCGAAGAGCAAGCUGCGCGCUUUGGAUCCUCAGGAUGUCCAAUCACUGCUCCGCGCUCUGGAGAAGGGACGUCUCCAGCUCAAGCCCAGUGGUUCUGAAGUCCACGGAUCUCCAACGAGAUCCAGGGCAAGCCAAAGCCAUCACAGUGUUAAGUCAGUCAAGUCUGCCCCGCAGGCAACCCAGGCAACAUCUUCCCACAAGGCUCCUGCAGGAGCCAGUGCAAGCCAUCACAGUGUCAAGCCCGUUCCACAGGAAUCCGCGGCAGCUCCGACGCCCGGAGUCCCAACCUCCUUUCAUGAUACCAACCCUUUCACUGUCACACCCCCUGUCUACUACGCCCAAACUUCACAUCAUACUUCCUCCGACGCACUUUUCGCGCCGACCCCCAACAUCCGUCCGGAAGCUUCCUCCCCUUCCGACAGUGUGUCGACACCUGAAUCGGAAGAGCCCUAG